AUGCGUUUCUACACCAUCGCUCUGUUGACUGGCGCUACCGCUGUUGCCGCUAACAGCGCAAACCUUCUCCUACCCGGCUUUGCGGGUCAGGACCUCCAGGCUAGCAUUAUGGAAACCAACGGAGAUGCGACUACCUACAAAAUCACCUGCCCCAAGACCGCUGAUGCCUGCGGUAUUGUCGGAGAUGGCAUGACCGCAAUUGCUGCUCCCACCUCCAUGCAGCUGAAGAACAUCAACCUCCAGGGAACUGUUGGAACUGUUUCCUGCAGCAUUGCUGGUACCACUUAUGCCUCCUGCCAGGCUUCCGCCGGCACCGCGACCCCGUCGGGCACUCUGGGCCCACAUGAUCUGAACUGGAUGCCCGUGACUAUUUCCACCACCCACACCCCGACCUCGACCACCACAACCCAGGCCCCCACCACCACCAGCACCACCGUCAGCACCACCACCACGACUGCUGUGACCACCACCGCCCCGGUCAUCACCUCUUCGUCGACUCUUAUCACCCCGACCCCCAAGAAGUCCUCCUCGGCUUUCAUCUCGUCCACUAGUCUCUCCAGCUCCACCCCUCUAGUGGCGCCUAGCGGAACUGGUGCCCCCGCCGCUUCGUCGACUCCCUUCAACGCCGCCGGCCAGCUGGCAGGCAGCAUCUGGACUGUCGGUGGCGCCUUCCUGGCUCUUGCCUGCGCUUUCGCGUAA